AUGCUGUCCAACUGGACAAACCGUCAGACAUUCAUCAAGUCUUCCAUAGAAUUUCUGAGGAAGCAUAACUUCGAUGGGCUGGAUUUGGACUGGGAACAGAAAGGCACUUCAGAUGCGCGUCCAGAAGACAAGCUGAAAUUCACUCUACUGUGCAAGGAACUUCUGGAAGCCUUUCUAGCUGAAGGCCAGUCCACCAAAAAUGCAAGACUGAUUUUAACAGCAACUGUUUCUGCUCAGAGAGAAGUUAUUGAAAGGAGCUACAACAUUCCAGAGAUCUCAAAGUACUUGGAUCUCAUUAGUGUCAAGACAUUUGAUUUUCAUACAUUUGAAGAUGGCGUUGCAAGACAUCACAGCCCUUUGUACAGUGCCCUCCAUGACAAGGAGGACAUCAACUCAAACACCGAUUUUGCUUUGCAAUACUGGAGAGUCCAGGGUGCUCCUGUCGAGAAGUUGUUGAUGGGCUUUGGCACGUAUGGACGUUCCUUCAUCCUCACCUCCUCUCAGAGUGGAGUCGGAGCCCCAGCCAGUAAUUUGGCUUCUCCUGGCCCUUAUACACAAGAGAUGGGCUUGUGGUCUUACUCUGAAAUAUGUCUUUUCCUCAAUGGUGGUGUAGUACAGUGGAUAGAAGACCAGAAAGUUCCUUUUUCUGUUAAAGGCAGCGACUGGGUGGGCUUUGAUAAUCUGAGGAGCUUUGAGAUUAAGAUUAAAUACUUACAGGAACAUGGCUUUGCGGGUGCAUUUGUAUGGGCUUUAGACCUGGAUGACUUUUCUGGAUAUUUCUGUGGACAAGGCAACUACCCUUUAGUCAACCAUCUGAAGAAAUUGUUAAUACUUGGUGAGAUUUGCAUAAAUACAUAAUUUUGAUUUUUUUUUUUUUUUAGAAUGGUUAUUUAUCUUCAGAUUCUGAUAUAUGAUUAUUUGCAACAGGAGCAAAAGAUGAUUUGGAUGGUUCUAUGAAUACAAGCUCUUUUGCAACAGUUUCAUCACCGCCAACAUGUGAGAAGUUUCUCAGCUCUCUUCCAGCAUUGACAAGUCAGUUCUGUGCAAACAGAUCAG